AACGGUAAAAAAAUAACAUUGGAGCAAGUAUUCGAAGGCCUCGGUAUCAAUGCGUACGAUCUGUCGGUUGAUAUGCUGGAUGUUCACGCCGAUCGAAACACUUUCCAUCGUUUCGAUAAAUUUAACACCAAAUAUAAUCCUGUUGGUGAGAGCACACUACGUGAAAUAUUCAUCAAAACCGAUAACUACGUCGGAGGAAAGUAUUUCGCUGAAGUGCUAAAAGAAGUAUUGUCCGACUUGGAAGAUAGCAAAUAUCAGCAUGCGGAACCACGUCUAUCGAUCUAUGGUCAUAACAAGGGUGAAUGGGAUGCACUGGCCAAAUGGGCGAUCAGUAAUGAUGUAUACUCGAUAAAUGCACGAUGGCUCGUACAGAUUCCUCGAUUAUACAUAAAAAUCGAGGAAAUCCCUUAUUCCAGUGAUGUUUAUCGAGCAAAGAAAAUGGUGAAAAAUUUCGAUGAAAUGCUUGACAAUAUCUUUACACCAUUAUUUGAAGCAACAAACGAUCCGGAUUCACAUCCGGAUUUGUUCCGAUUCUUGCAGCAAAUUUCCGGCAUCGAUUCAGUGGAUGAUGAAAGCAAAGCCGAAUAUAUACAGUUUGAUCGUUCAACACCCGAGCCAUGCCACUAUUCGGAUACCGAAAAUCCGCCCUAUAAUUAUUACUUAUUUUAUAUGUACGCUAAUUUGGUGGCGCUCAAUGCAUUCAGACGGGCACGUGGUCUUAAUACUUUUUCGUUACGCCCACAUUGUGGUGAAGCGGGGCAUGUCAAUCAUCUUGUCACGGGUUAUUUAACAUCCGAAAGUAUUGCCCAUGGUCUUUUGCUUCGAAAAUAUCUAUUUUACCUGUCACAAAUUGGGAUUGCUAUGUCACCGCUGAGUAACAAUUCGUUGUUCAUCAGUUACCAUCGUAAUCCUCUUCCGGAUUUUCAUAUGAAAGGACUGAAUGUAUCGCUUUCAACAGAUGACCCGUUGCAAUUUCAUUUCACCAAAGAAGCGUUGAUGGAAGAGUACAGUAUCGCUGCGCAGGUGUGGAAGCUCAGUAGCUGUGAUAUGUGUGAGUUAGCUCGAAACAGUGUGUUACAAAGCGGCUUCGAAGAUAAAGUGAAAGUCCAUUGGCUUGGACCGCAUUACAAAGAGGAAGGUGUACUGGGGAAUGAUGUAUCGCGUACCAAUGUUCCGGAUAUACGCGUUUCAUUUCGGCAUGAAGCAUUGGUGGACGAAUUGUGCAAUUUGUUCCGAACACGGGACUUCCCUGAUCUUGACCAUAUUGCUGAAGAUCUUGCUGAUUCUCUGACCAUUUAA